UGCAGUUGCGCAUCAAAAGCACCAAGCAGCUCAGUUUCGAAACAUCAACGAAGCAUGGACAUUGCCCGCCUCCUAAGCCCGCAGCGAGACGACGACGAGAGCGAUGCGAUCGACUACGACCAGGUCGUCGACAUGCGCAAGGCGAGGCUCGAAGCGCCGUCCUCGCCGACGCUGCGCGUGGGCGCGUGGUCGUUUGCCGAAGAAGCGUACACGAUGGCGCUAAUUGAAGCGUUUCUAAUGGGCCUUUUGCCCGAGCUGCACGCGGGCACGCCACUGCGAUCGUUCCUCGCCGCCAAGCUCGAGUGCGUACCCAUGCGCGUCUCCAAGAAGCUUGCGCUCGACCACCUCGCGGGCCGACCGCUCUUGAAAAAGCUGGGGCAAAAACGGUACUUGCCGAGCGACGGCGUCGCGCCGUCGGUCCAGAAGGCGACGCGCCAGCAGCUGACGCACCUUCAGAACGCCUUUUUGUGCGCAAAAGAGAAGGACAUCCUGUACAUCCGCGGCCUCGACACCACGACCAUCGACCCUGCCGCCAAGGUACCGCUCGGUCGGCCACCGUCGGCGGCGUUCUCGACUGUGAACGCGCUUGGGCACCGCACGGGGUACUGGCUCCGGGAAGAGCAGCUGUACGCGCACAAGCUCAUCGACUGCUUCUUAAAAGGGGUGCUCGACCUCCCGAAAGGCAUCACACUGCGGUCGUUUCUCGCGGACCGCCUCUCGUGCAGCCCGAUGCGCAUUUCCAAGAAGCUCGCGACCGGGAGCUUGCUGGGCCGCGCGAUUCCGCGCAAGAUUGGCACAGCCGUGUACGUGCCCAAGUUUGACGCGUCGGACGAGUUCAAGACGCUCGUGCAGCAGGCGCAGCUCGACCUCAAUCGGCUGCGAAAGGCGUGCUUGGACAGCCGCGCCGCGCUCGCCCAGCGCGAGGACUGAGCGCUCUCUUCGUGUCUUUGUGUCGUCUAUCUAAUCCGUAAACUCUCGUGUCGUGUGUA